AGAGGUGUGAGUGUCGGCGCGUCUAGUUUUUCUGAGUUCCUUCAGAAGAUGGCGACGGCUGCCGCAGCAGCUCUCUUGGAUGAGCUUAUGGGACGAUGCCGUAAUGUAGGUCCUAACGAGAAAGUCAGCGAAGUAAAGUGGUCCGAUGAAGACGUGUGCAAGUAUUUCUUGGUCAAGUUUUGUCCGAACGAACUUUUCGUCAAUACAAGAGCUGAUCUAGGUCCAUGUCCGAAAAUCCACGACGAAGAAUUAAGGAAAAAAUUCGAGAAUGAAAAAGCGGAACGCCCGGGAAUGAGAAUGCAGUACGAAGACGAAUUCAUGAAAUUUUGUCAAGACAUGAUCGCUGAAGUGGAGAAAAAGAUUAAGAAAGGGAAGGAUAGACUCGCUCUUGCUCAGUCGAAGUCCUCUGAAGUUGACAGACGCUUGAUGGCCAGCAACACCGGGGACAUCAAGAGCAAAGAAGAGCGGUUAAUAUUCCUUUCGGAGAAGAUUGAGGCAUUAUGCAAUCAAGCUGAAGAAGCAGGCACGCGUGGCGACGUUGAGGAAGCCCAGCGAUUGACUGAAUUGUGCGAAGAGCUUAAGGAGCAAAAGGAAGCAGUUUUGCGCACCUCGAUGGAGGCCACUGGUGCAUCUCCCUGGAUACAGGCCGCAGAACUGACUCCUCAAGAAAAACUCAUGGAAGUAUGCGAAAUUUGCGGUAGCUUUCUUAUCGUUGGUGAUGCCCAAAGUCGUAUCGAUGACCAUCUUCUUGGGAAGCAACACAUGGGAUAUUCACGGUUGCGUGUCUCGGUUGAAGAAAUAAUAAGCCGACGGAAAGAGGAGCUAGUCGAAAAGGAGAAGGCGCGGGCACGAGAAAGAGAACGUAGGUCGAAAGACGAUCGUCAUAAUCGUAAAAGCCGAGAUCGCGGAGCUGAUGGAGAUAAAAAUGAUAAGUCUCGUCAUCAUGAUUCCCAUCGACGGAAAGAUCGAGAUCAAGCAAGCCGUGAUCGCGGGAAAGAUGAUCGUCACCGAUCGAGUCGUCACCGCUCGCGUUCCCGCUCGAGAAACAGGCGCAGUGCUGAUCGAGAGCAACGCAGCGAUCGCCAUCGGGACGAUCGCCAUCGGAAACGCUCAUCGGAGAAAGAAAGAUCUAAACCACGAGAUAAUCAUCGCAGUUCGGAUGAUCGGAAGUCACAUUCUUCUCGGAAUGGACGCGGCUCCGACAACCACUCCAACUGAGCCAAGUUCGUACCUGUUACACGUCACCAUCUAUUGUUCUUUUCCUCAGCGUCAAUGUAGCCUGUAAAGCCUCCUUCGCUAAAGUUCGCGGGAUUGAUUGGUCGUUCGGAAUCGUCGACGCUGGAGCACUUAAUGAAGGUACUUGGGCGUCUGUUUCUUGGUCCAGGUAAGUCUUCUUUUUGUUGGUGAUAGAGUAUGAUGUGUUCUUCUCCAAAGCGAUGCGUGGCACCUGUUCGAACGAAUUUCGAAUCCUAGAAAAGCCAUUGAUAAACUGGGUUAUUCUGGAGAACCUUUGCAAGGUAAGCCGUAUUGGGUCUGGGCUUGUGACGCUCGAAUGUUUACAUUACCCUUUAAAGUUGGACUCGUUCCUUGAGCCCUGAAAUCCGCAGUUUUGGAUUCCUGCGCUGCGACCAUCAUCAGGUUAGGUCUCUGAAAAAUGUGAUAACUUCAUGUGUGCUAUGUGAAGCGUGAUGAAUUGGAGAAGGGUUGCGUGGAAUGCUUCAGUUCUGAGUGACUCUUGGCUUGUUUUCCAGUGGUUUGCCAGUGGAGUCGACCGUGUUCCGGAUGCGAGCCUGGAUUGGAUAUUAUUCUUGUUAUUCAUUCUUGCUGAAUUCCGUCGGAACGUCAGAAUCAGAUUUCGAGAAAUCGUGACCGCAUUGAGACGUAACUCAGAAAUUGGUUAAAACUAUUCGUUUUCGUUCCAUUUUCUCCGUAUUCACCAGUAUUAUGCUGGUCGAUUUUCCAUGUAUGGCUGCGCUGAUAGAAAUUCAUCCGAGAAUGUUUCUUAGCCACGCUUUGCUUUGUUGUUGAUGGUAUCAUGAUCCUCGGCUUCUGCGCUUCGCGGAAAUCUUUUUUGAAGAUCAGUGCGUGGAAUCGCGGUCCCUAUAGUGAAGUUAUUCAUAAGGUAUGCUGAACGGUGGACGUUUCGGAAUGGAAAAGACUGGACAAAUACAGGGAAGUGCGGUUGGUGGCCCGGCUGUUGGGCAGAAUCCAAAUCCGCCGGCUGGGCCACAGCCGCAGUCGCAGAGUUCGUCUGUCCAGAACGGCAAUGUUGACCGCGAACAGAUAUACAAUUGGAUCUUGGAAUUGGGAAACCCUGAAACGCGGGAAAUGGCAUUGCUGGAGCUGAGCAAGAAAAGGGAGGCCGUUCCUGACUUGGCACCAAUGUUGUGGCAUUCGUUCGGAACAAUUGCUGCGUUGUUGCAGGAGAUCACCAGUAUUUACCCUCUGCUGAUUCCUCCGACGCUGACUGGGGCACAAUCCAACAGAGCUUGCAAUGUCCUCGCAUUGUUUCAAUGUCUUGCGUCGCAUAAUGAAACGCGAGGAAUGUUUCUCCAAGCGCAUUUCCCGCUUUAUUUGUAUCCAUUUCUGCACACUACCUCGAGAGUUCGUCCAUUUGAGUAUCUUCGGCUGACGAGUCUCGGAGUUAUCGGAGCACUCGUGAAAUCCGACGAACAAGAAGUGAUAAAUUUUUUGCUGACGACGGAAAUCAUUCCGGUGUGUUUGAGAAUCAUGGAAUCCGGCUCCGAGCUGUCGAAAACCGUGGCCACCUUCAUUCUUCAGAAAAUUUUGUUGGACGACAUUGGGCUAUCGUACAUCUGCCAAACGUACGAGCGUUUUUCGCAUGUAGCCAUGAUACUCGGAAAGAUGGUUUUAUCCUUGGCCAAAGUCCCGUGCGCCAGACUUCUGAAGCACGUUAUUCGAUGCUACUUGCGAUUGUCUGACAAUCCUCGCGCUCGUGAUGCCCUGCGACUCUGCUUGCCGGACCAGCUGAAGGACGAUUCCUUUGGUCCUCAAAUACGUGACGAACACACCAAAGUGUGGCUGAUUACGUUGCUGAAGAACUUGGAGCCUGCAAUUGGCGGACCUGUUGGAGAACAGCGCGUUGCGCCAAACGCCCUCAACUAGUAAUUUGUUUCCUCGACGAGUUGAGUUCAUUGGAGGAUUCGGAAGUGUGAGUUCAGGAAAGGAACCUUGAAAAUGACUCUCUGACAACGAUAUGUUUGUUUUUGCCAACAAAUUUACGAGCAUCAAAAGCGAGUGCUUCUAGAUCAACCAAAGUUGACAUUCAUGUAAAAUUUGGUAUGAUAAAGCCACGUUUAAUAAUCUAAAUUUUACUGACCUGAAGACAGGGAUUUUUGCGAUUAAAUACUGUAGUUGUUUCUUGAAUAUUGGUGAUGUCUUGAAAUUAACUUAUGAUAGGUUGCAUGGGUUACGUUCUGUCAAAUUCGUCAUUCAGGUCCGGAGUGCGGAGUCUGGUAUUUAAGGUGACUGACGUACCCAAAAACAAAAUGGCAGAACUUCUAUGAACGUCUUCGCUUGAGCUACUUGCUUAAUGGUUGGUAUUGAAAAUUGAAGUAACUGCAUCUCGAGCAGCAAGCAUUGCUGUUAUUUAAAAAAAAAGUCUCGAGAGAUUAAUGAUCAAUUGCUUCUGGUAUUAAUUCUCAUGGUCUUAUUAAUUUCUUGUCAAAUUAUAUAGGGUUGACCUAUUGGUGUUUUGUGACUGAUUCUAUCGGCGUGUAAAUGGCCAUUAAUCGUAAUAUGCCUUUGAAUGGGAGUUACUGAUGUAGUUCAUGGCACAUUCAAGAUUUCUGAAUUCGCGGUUCCAGCCUGAACUCACUCGUCCAUUCUGCCAAAAGAUGAAGUUGUAGCCGAGUGCUAAACGAAGGAUUUGUUGAGCCAGGUCAGCUUCGUGGCGUUGCAUUGGUUUGAAUUUGUGGGAAACUUCGCUUGACCGUAAGCACGACGAAAAUUUACUUUACGCUCAUAUUUUCGAAUACAGGGAUGAAAAAUUCCUCAAAUUAUGCUUGAGCCACAAGAGGAAUGAGGUAGCGCAGAUUUCAGUCUUAGUACCGCUUUAUUAUUGAACAUGAUUAAAAAUGCCUGUCUAAAUAAUUCAAUAUCAACUUUUUAUCGUUCAUCAACGGGCACGAACUUCAGAAGUAAAAGGAGGCUAUGUCAUAUUCAAAUACGUCUUCCUUUUGGAAACUCCACCCACAGUCAGACGCAUUUAAAUCAAGUUUUCUCGCGGAAUUCUUCCCCACAUCCUUGGACUGCAGUUUUCAUCUGACAUCGCGUCAUUGAUCUUCCUCCUGAUUUUUUUCUGGCAAAAUAUUUAGAUAUUUUCAUGUACAAUACUGUAAUUCACGAAAUUUCCUUGUAUUUUUUUAAAAACGUACAGUAUUAUAUAUACAAUAUUCAAUUUGGUUUUCGUCUACGAGACGCUGAAUUCGUUGUGGGGUAAAUUUUCUUCGUGCUUACAAUCCAAGUGACUUCAUCCCUUCUUUAGGGGAAAUAUCUGCAGAGGUGAAUGAGGUUUUAGGUGAAACCCCCGCUUCUGUCAGUGUGGUAUUUUUUACUUUUGAAGUGAUAUGUUUAGAAGGGUGGGCUCAUUUGAUUGUGGCUUGGGAAUUGAAUGUGCUGCAUCUGUGUUCCAGUUGCUGCGGAAGUUCAAAAGUGCAUUCAUUUGGGUGAUCAAACGUGUCCUCCCGGUUGAUGUGAAAAAGAUGUUAACAUUGCCAACGUUUUGCGAAGAAUUAUUUUUUUUGUGCGUCGCCUCGUCAAACUUGGCCAUGUUGGGAAUAAGGAAAAUACUGUAAUGCACCAAUGGCGUGAAUCAUGCGGACGGACGGAUUACUUCGAAGACUGAUCGAGCACUAGUCAUUUUUUCGUGUAUCUUCAGUGUAAGCAUUGUUAGGGGUUUGUGCCGAAAGAAGGUCUGGUUUGUCUUUUCUCCGCCUUCCUCCGAUUUAUUAACGAACUGUUGCUAGUGACAGAUUACUAUGGCUUUCGGUUUAAUCUGAGCGAUUUUUGAUUUAUUUAAGGAAGUCAAUCCUAUCAUGAGCAUCUCUGAAAAAUGUUCACGCCCUCAGCUCUUUUGAAGGAAUCUUAGGUUAGGAUGAGACAUGUUUUCGAAGUAUUUUCUGUUUGUCAUUCGGGGUUCUUUUGUCUGUUACUGCUGUUUUGGCACACAAAAAAUAGCAAUCCUCUGCUAAAGUUAAAAAUGAUCCUCCCUUUCAAAAGUAAAAUCAUUUGAAGUAUCUUUCGCCUACUUUCAAUGCUACAUAAUACUGUACUGUACUAAUAAUAUGCAAAGGUUCUGUUACUCAGGAAGAUUUUUUUAGGUGUACGAUACAUUUGUUCUCAUUUUCUUGCAACCCUUUUUUGUUCUUAUCGGAUCCGCGUUCUUGAUUUUCGAGAAGAUUUGUUUAGUUUAAAAAAAUUGGAUUAAAAGUGUGUUCAGGCUGCCCUCGCUCAUCUGAAAUGUCUGCAAGAGAGUCGAUCGAUUUGAAGGCAUUGCAUGUGCUUCGAAAUGGGACAAAACCCCAGAUAAUUCUUGAUUUUCCCUGUAUAACGCUCACGAAUAAAACUGUAAUUCGAAUCACUUGUUUUAACAUCGAUAUCUUCGAAGCAGAAAAUCCGUGUGAUUCGUCGAAUGUUGUUUGGGUACGCCAAGUAUUGGACAAUGUAUUUUGUGAUCCCGAAAUCUCUUUAUCCGAAAGAAACUUUUUGGACUGGCGAAGUGUCUAUUUUUGUCAGGAUUUUUUUGUUAGCGAGGAGUCGAUUAGACGCAGAUGGUUGGUUGAGGAGUUCCGUUCGCGAAGCUGCGACUACUAGACACUCUUUGGUUGUGUGAACUCCUGUUUUUUUCUUGGUUGAUUUCACGGCUAGUGUGUGAAGGGGGGGAAG